AUGGCCAGUCUACCCGGAACACCGUACAGCUUCGGUAGUGAGGAAGGGACCAACGCCAAGCUCCAGCACCUCGCGACGCAGUUCGUCACGCACACGGUGACUAGCCGUGCUCAACUCAAGGCACUGGGCGAGGAGGUCUCACAGAUAUUCAAGUGGCAGGAGGAGGUGGCUGUGCUCGCGCGCGCUGAGGAAGCUAGGCGCCAGAACCGCGUGCGUGCGCUCGCCGGGCAAGAACUCGUCCCCGUUACCCUCCGCGACCAACCACCCCAACUUCCUGCGAUCUCCUCUCUAGCAGCGUUGGAGAAGAUGUCCGAUUCCGACUUGGCGAACUGGUACGCGUACUACUCUUCCACGGCACCACCAACCGUCGCGCGUGACGCGCUCAUUGCCGCCCUCGCCACGGAGGUUGGCCUCUCGCAACUCCCCCCUCCAUCGUAUGCGCAAGCGACGAGUGCGCCUUCCCAGAUCGCUGCCAAGCGGACCUCCUCGUUAUCCCCUUCCCCAGUCUUUCUCAAGUGGACCGCGGUGCUCUGCGUAUUGGUCGCCAUUCUCGCGCUCAGCGUCAUUAAUCGGGACAACGGCGCGCUCCAGAGCAUACUCCAGCAGAUUGUCCAGAUCAUCGGGCAGUACCUUCUCAAGACCAGCCUCUUCGUACAGAACGCCAGCAUUAAGCUGAUUGCGGGUGCUGAGGCGUGGGGUUCGGCGCUGCAGGCGACACGCAUCGGCACUGUGCGUAUCGACAAGCCCACAUUGGGCUCGAUCAAGGCCUUCGUGGGCCGCUGA